AUGGGGAGGUUUCUGAAGGCUGUUGGGCUUCUGGGUCUUGUCUUUUUGGCUGCCAUUGCUGAGGGGAGGCUUCUUGAGAAGGAUAACUUCUUCGGCGGAGGUGGUCUUGGUGGUGGUGGUGGGUUUGGUGGAGGAGCUGGUGCGGGAAUAGGUGGUGGUGGUGGGUUUGGUGGAGGUGCUGGUGGUGGGCUUGGUGGAGGGUCUGGUUUGGGAGGUGGCUUUGGAGGCGGUCAUGGUGGUGGUCUAGGUGGUGGCCUUGGAGGAGGAGCUGGAGGUGGACUCGGCGGUGGGUUCGGAGGAGGCCAUGGUGGUGGGGUAGGAGGUGGGUUCGGAGGUGGUCAUGGUGGUGGGCUAGGAGGUGGGUUCGGAGGUGGCCAUGGUGGUGGGCUAGGUGGUGGGUUCGGAGGUGGUCAUGGUGGUGGUCUAGGAGGUGGGUUCGGAGGUGGUCAUGGUGGUGGCCUCGGUGGUGGGAUUGGGGGUGGUCAUGGUGGCGGUUUGGGUGGUGGCAUUGGUGGUGGUCAUGGUGGCGGCCUAGGUGGUGGCAUUGGUGGUGGUAUAGGAGGUGGUCAUGGUGGUGGUCUGGGCGGUGGGAUCGGCGGUGGUCAUGGUGGUGGUCUUGGUGGUGGCAUUGGAGGUGGUCAUGGCGGUGGGCUAGGUGGUGGAAUUGGAGGUGGUCAUGGGGGUGGUGUAGGUGGUGGCCUUGGAGGGGGAGCUGGAGGUGGUCUAGGAGGUGGCCUUGGAGGCGGAGCUGGAGGUGGCCUUGGAGGUGGUGCUGGUGGCGGUGCUGGGUUUGGAGGAGGAGUGGGAGGUGGUGCAGGUGGAGGGAUAGGAGGAGGAUUUGGAAAGGGUGUUGGAUUUGGAGGAGGAGUUGGUGGUGGCGGUGGCUUCGGAGGCGGAGUUGGUGGCGGCUUUGGAGGAGGAGCUGGUGGUGGCUUCGGAGGUGGAGCUGGUGGUGGUGGCGGUUUUGGAGGAGGAGCCGGUGGUGGCGGCGGUCUCUGA